AUGGCAAGUAUUGACGAAGCUUUGACGUGUAAUCGCUCAUUCUUUCUUAAGGGAACCAGCGAUAAACUUCUUGGUGGCUCGAUGCUGCUGGCGGCAGCUGUGGUAUUUACCUACUACACUAUGUGGGCCAUGCUUCUGCCCUUCUUCGAUCCUACCAGCGAAAUACACGCAUAUUUCCCCAGUAGAGAAUGGGCUGUACGAAUUCCAGCUUUCAUCCUUGUUGUUGGCAUUUCAGCUAUUGGCGCGUUUGUCGGGUCUACUGUGUUGAAAGAACAACGGAAGCGAGCGAAACAGGCGCGUAUGCGAGCAGCUUAG